AGAACGCCCAGAGUCAGCUUCAGACACUUUCUGUUUUCUCCGUCUGCGUCUCUGACAGCAUCACACAGCCAGCUGGUGCUUCAGACGUGAUACCAGCAGACAGUAUUUUUGAGCCAGGGAUCUCGAUCAAGGAUGUUCACGUCUGGACGGCCAAUCACCCUUCUGCUGCUUUGCCUGUUGGGCUCAGCGACCUCCUCCCCUGUUUCCAUUCACACACCUGCUCCACCUCUUCCAUCGCAGAUUCUCCAUCCCUCUACAACAGUUCUCCCGUCUCCACCCUCUCCAACAGUCCUCCCGUCUCCACCCUCUCCUACUCUCAGCGUCUCAGAGGUCGGCUGCCCUCUGACGAUGUCCCCCUCCGCCCUGGUGGUCCGGUUUGGAGAUCCAGUCGCAGCUAACUGCUCAACGACGGGUUUCGCUCCUCUUGGUUGGGAAGUCGAACUGGCAGCUCCUGAACUAACCAUGGAUCGUUCUCUGGUGUGGCGCGUGGACAGGAUGACCAAGUGGAGCAUCACACCUUCGUGCUACGUCUUCUCUGAAGAGGGAGGGCAGUGCCACAUUCAUCUUCCUCUGACCGUCUACAAGCCUCCAGAUAAUGUGUUCUUCAGCGUUGUUAAUCACACUGGUCCGAUGAUUGAGGGUCAUCAGUACACUCUGCAGUGUGCAGUACAGGAUGUUGCUCCUGUGGAGAACCUCAUUGUGACUUUCUACAGAGGACCGACAGCACUGGGUCGACUGCAGCCGAACAACAACACAGAGAAGACACCAGUGACUGAGGUCUUCACUUUAAACAUCACCUCCAGUAAAGAAGACGAUGGAGUCCAAUACUGGUGUGAAGCAAAACUAGAACUGGGACCUGAAGGACCACAGCAGCCUCCAGUGGUGACGUCACACAAACUCACUGCCACUGUCCUCUUUGGUCCGCAGCUCGUGUGUCCUACGAAGCUGCAGGUGAAGGAGGGCGAGAGCCUGAGCUGUGAGGUGAGAGGAAACCCUCGACCGUUAGUCACCUGGUUCAGAGAUGGACAGGUGGUCGCCCUGCCUACUCACUCGAGCAGAGAGCAUGCUGGGAAAUACACCAUUUCUGCAAAAGGACUUCUCGGGCAGAGAUUCUGUACAGUGGAAGUGGAGGUCCUUGCAGGCAGCGGAACUACAAACAGCUUUAAUAGACAUUUCCUGUUGGCCGUCUUGCUUAUUUGGACGAUUAUCUGGCUGUAAAAGCUGAAAGAACUCAACGUGAUGGGAUUUUUCUUCCCAUGCCGUCUGGAAGAAGCUGCUCCUGCUGUGAGAAGUUCGUCAGAGAAGACUUGUGUUGCGUCUUUGUUCAAAUGGAUCAAUUUCCUAUUAGUUUCUUAUUGUGCAUCUUCAUUUAUAACAAAUCUUAAACAAUGGAGUCUCACUAGAAGCAGUUGUUUUUGAGAGCUUCUGCUCAGGUACAUUUUCUGUAAUCUGCACAAAGUAACUUCCAUAUUUUCCAAACUGAAGCUGCUCUAGAAAGAAAUUCACGUUCUACGUUAAUAAUCAAUCAUACUACAGGUCUGUGACAUCGGUAUGUUUUCUCCCUUGCUGGUUAAUGUUAAGAGGAUGUUUAUGAACAAUGUUAUUCUGUCAUAUGUACAUUUCAUUCUCUGUCGUAUGAAGAGCUACAAAGAGUAGCAUCUUCACUUUGCAAAGCACCAGGUCUGUCACUAAAGGUUACGUUCUUUCUGCUGUGCAUUAAAAUACUCAACUCUUGUCCAACA